CCGCCCCCCACGCCCGAGCGCAGAGCGCGCGCCGCGAACAUGACUUCUGCCUUCAAGCUGGAUUUCCUCCCGGACAUGAUGGUUGAGGGCCGCCUGCUAGUUCCCGACCGAAUUAACGGCACAGCCAACAAGAUGAACGGCGCUUUGGAUCACUCAGACCAACCAGACCCAGAUGCCAUUAAGAUGUUUGUCGGACAGAUCCCCCGGUCCUGGUCGGAAAAGGAGCUGAAAGAACUUUUUGAGCCUUACGGAGCUGUCUACCAGAUCAACGUCCUCCGGGACCGGAGUCAGAACCCUCCCCAGAGUAAAGGUUGUUGUUUCGUAACAUUUUAUACAAGAAAAGCUGCACUUGAGGCCCAGAAUGCACUGCACAAUAUUAAAACUUUACCUGGGAUGCAUCAUCCCAUUCAGAUGAAACCUGCAGACAGUGAAAAAUCAAACGCCGUGGAAGACAGAAAAUUGUUCAUAGGAAUGGUUUCGAAGAAAUGUAAUGAGAACGAUAUCCGGGUGAUGUUCUCUCCAUUUGGCCAGAUAGAAGAAUGCCGGAUCCUCCGGGGACCCGACGGGCUGAGUCGAGGCUGUGCGUUUGUCACAUUUUCUACAAGGGCAAUGGCACAGAAUGCAAUCAAAGCCAUGCAUCAGUCUCAGACCAUGGAGGGCUGCUCUUCACCGAUUGUGGUGAAGUUCGCCGAUACUCAGAAGGACAAGGAGCAAAGGCGCCUCCAGCAGCAGCUGGCGCAGCAGAUGCAGCAGCUCAACACUGCCACCUGGGGGAACCUGACGGGUCUGGGCGGCCUCACCCCGCAGUACCUGGCGCUUCUGCAGCAGGCCACCUCCUCCAGCAACCUGGGUGCAUUCAGUGGCAUUCAGCAAAUGGCUGGCAUGAAUGCUUUACAGUUACAGAACCUGGCAACGCUGGCGGCGGCUGCAGCCGCAGCCCAGACCUCAGCCACUACCACCAAUGCAAAUCCUCUCUCCACCACGAGCAGCGCCCUGGGAGCCCUCACCAGUCCCGUGGCUGCUUCAACCCCCAACUCCACUGCUGGUGCAGCCAUGAAUUCUCUGACCUCUCUCGGGACUCUGCAAGGGCUGGCAGGAGCCACUGUCGGACUGAAUAACAUUAACGCACUAGCAGUUGCUCAAAUGCUCUCAGGUAUGGCGGCUCUGAAUGGAGGACUUGGCGCCACGGGCUUGACGAAUGGCACGGCGGGCACCAUGGACGCCCUCACCCAGGCCUACUCAGGGAUCCAGCAGUACGCGGCCGCGGCGCUGCCCACGUUGUACAGCCAGAGCCUGCUGCAGCAGCAGAGCGCGGCCGGCAGCCAGAAGGAAGGUCCAGAGGGUGCAAACCUCUUUAUUUACCACCUUCCACAGGAGUUUGGAGACCAGGACAUCCUGCAGAUGUUCAUGCCUUUUGGAAAUGUUAUCUCUGCUAAAGUCUUCAUUGACAAACAGACCAAUCUGAGCAAGUGCUUUGGUUUUGUUAGCUACGACAAUCCCGUGUCUGCGCAAGCUGCUAUCCAGGCUAUGAAUGGCUUUCAGAUUGGCAUGAAACGCUUGAAGGUCCAGCUGAAGCGCUCCAAAAACGACAGCAAACCUUACUGAUCCUAACCCCAGAGGCUCCCUGCUCUUAUUUUAGCUUUCUUAGGACAUCUUCAUGCCCGUUAGUUCACCGUUUGCCUAGCAUGUCCCUGUGGCGUCUCAAAAAAAAGUUUCAUCGUCCCGUCAUUGUUUCUGAUGUCUUUCUGACCUCACAUCAUAUUUGGUUCUCCUACUGACCUUUGAUCUAGUUUGACCUUUGAAAUUUGCAUGUGACCUCAUCUAGCUAUGAAUUCUGGGAAGUCAAUGUGAAAAACAUUGCUGCAUUCAUGCAAGACUGAAAUUUAUUAUUACACAAAUUAAUAAUAGGAAAAAACCUGUGGCAAAAAUGUUUCUUUUUUUUUUUUUUUUUUUUUCUUUUCAUAAAACAGACUUGAAAGUAUUAUACAGGGAUUGGCAUUCUUCCCGGUCACUGGUAACAAUAGCAAUAUGUGUCCAGGGACACAGAAUGUUGGUUUCUAACAGACUACUUCCAAAAACAGUUUGAGAAAAAAACUGUCUGAUUUUAAGUCUCUAGAGGUCUGUAAUAGUUUUUACAUUUUUCAGGCAGUGUAAAGUUUUUUGAUAAGGCCAUUUUAGGUGGCUCACUUUCUCAUUAAGAUAUAUAUAUAGAACCACUUUUUGUAGAUUAGUAUAAGAAAAAUAUUUACCCUGUUUUGGGGCAAAUGCUACCUAUUUGUGUCACCUUUUGCUGAACUGACUCACAGUUAGACAAUCCAUGGUUUAAUGCACAUGAAAUUACCUAUAUUUUAUACUGUUUCAAUGUACAGGAGAAAGGUUACUGUAAACUGUGUUACGUUGGUGCUUCUGUGAAUUAAGUUGUGGUUUCAUCAUGAGUCUUAUGGUCUUAAUGUUCUUUGUUGAUAAGACAAGUUUAGAAUUGGUUUACUUAAAACAAAAAAGAAUUUCAAAAAAAAGUUGUUUGCUUACAAAAAAUUUCAUGUGAGGGAAAAAAGAAAACCUAUUCCAGAGUAAGUUUUGUGUUGGCUUGUAAAGCAUUGAUGUCAUUUUUUUUUUUUUUUUGUGGACUAUUUAGAUGUGUUUGUGUUCAGCAAAAUGUGAUUUUUUUUUUUCUUUUAAAGAAAAAAAGUGAAAAUAUAUAGUGCCAAAUUCCAAAGGUACUUCCUUCCUAGAGCUUCAGUGUGUUUCUUGUGAGAAGUAAUUUGAUAACAUGGGUAUUUUAUUAUGUGUUUUGUAUAAAUCCCUAAUAUUUAAAAAACAAAAAACAACAAAAAAAAGAGGUUAAAAAGUUUGUUAACUUGCUAUCCUGUGGUCUUGUUGCCUGAAAUUGUUAUUGUUUGUUAUUUCUCUAUGAUGUUUUUUGUAAGACAUUGUAUAAGUGCCCAUGUCUCACUUUUUUAACCACUCUGCACAUCAAUGCUGUGACGGCAACCUCACAAUGUAUUUUCUUCAUGAUAUAUGGAAACCUCUAAGGUGAGAAAGUUUUGAACUUUUAACCCUUUCUACCCAGCGCUAUCUGGAAUGUUAACUUUUUAUGCUGUCAUCAUUUUCGUUUGUUUUGGGGUGUUUCUAAUUUGGAUUUUUUUUCUGCUUAUAUCUUUGAGUUGUUUCUGUCUUUACUACUAUUAUCCUUUGGUUGAGAGCCAAAAGGAAGGAAAAAAAUACACUUUAAAAAGAGUUUACUGGAUAAACCUUCUGAGGGGAACAGUAGAUAGUCAAGCACCUAAAUAAACCUUAAAUUCAAUAUGCUUUUGAGAUCAGGUUAGCGGUAUGUUCCAGUUUAGAAUAAUUUCAUAUACCUUCCAGUUAAACGGCUUUGUGAUGAUGGGGUAGUCUUUUGAGGGAUUUUUGGUUUUGUUUCUUACAUAUUCCCAAAUUAAUGUUUCUUAUCAGCCAUUGUGCAGUGGAUACCUCUGAAUAAGCAAGGUGUCUGGAGUUAGAAGUUGACAGUCCUUUUCCCUGCCUUUUUGUUUCUUUUGAAUUGAAUGCAUCUAAAGGGGACUGACCAUCAAAGGCAAACUCAGUUCUUCAUCACAGUUACUGACCAAAUACCUAGCACCCGUUCCUGCUGCCACUUUCUAAAGCUCCAUAUUUCUUUGAUGUUCACUUCAUGUGAGCAGGUCUCUUGCUGUCCUGACAGACAAACCCCAAAGUCAUCCCCACAGUCCCAAAACAAACACACUCCUGCCUUUCUGGAAGCUUCUUUGUCUCUCUAAUGGAGUUCAGAAACUGCUGGCUCCAUUUCCUUCCUCCUUUUCCCGCUCACCACCCUGUUUGGUUUAAUAUUGUGUGUGGAUGCGAUAGCCCUGGGAUGGAAAGGACUAGCCUCUAAUGAUGCAAAAAAAAAAAAAAAAAAAGUUUCCUUCUUAUAGCACAUGCACUUACAAUGAAAUGAUCUGUAUUAUCCUCACACGUGUUUACUACUGCUGGGGCCUUCCUUCAUCCUUCGAGGGCUAUUUUGUACUUCCUGCAGCAAGCAGCUGAAUAACAGAGGUUAUCGCACUUGUCUGUCUCUCGUGUAGAUGAUAAUAUGGUGGUACACAGAUACGUCCAUAAGAACAUAAGACAACACCAUUUGAACUUCCUAGACUGUCUCAUUCAGAACCUCUUAUCAAGUAUACAUAAAUCUUCUUAAACCAUUUUUUCCCAUUUCUUCACUGAAGCCAGAAGCGCUCCAGUGCCCUCCUCCCGCUGCCUGCAUCUCCCCCAGAGGAGCUGAAUGCACUUGACAAGAGGCUCAGGGUGGGCACUUAGAGCUGAGUGUUUAUUCUGCAGGCAACCAAGACUGUACUGUUACAGGGAAAGUCCUUUUUUUUGUGGGGGGGGGGGGGCAUGUUUCAUUGCUAAAAAGAUAACCCUCCUCAAAGACAAGUUGUCCUUUUCUUCACUUUCUCUUUUAAUAUCAAAAGGAAAAAGCUGCAAGGGUGCGAAGGGCCUGUGCCAGAAGAAAAAACAAACACACAGGGAAACUGCUUUUUUUAAAAUCAAGUGUAGACAAUAGUCAUUUUUAAACUAAAUUAGAGAAUUGCGAUCAAAUGGCAGUCCUCAAAGGCGUAACAAGUUCAUCUUUCUUUCACCAUAGGGGUUAUAGUUCUUUGGCUUGUGCUACUCUGGACUCAUUUUACUGUUUCUGUUUUUAUUAUCUUAAGUGCUAAUUAACAAGAAGAAAUAAAAUUUUAAAAAAACCUGUAGUUUCAUUACCUUUUUGAAUAAUGUCAUACAAAAAAAAUGUAUUUGUGUUUUUUUGUGCUGUGAGAAUUGUUGUUUGUAGAUUAAUAAUAUCAUUUUGUUUAGAAUUACAAAAUAGUUUUUAAAUAUUGUCUGAGAAAAGCCAAAGUUAAUGCAACCUAGUGGAAAACUGUAAGACCAUUUGAGUAUUGUUUCUGUUUUAUUGAUGCAUUUGGAUUUUGUUGAUUGAUGGAAUUUGAGCCAAAAAAAAAAUACGCAGGCUUUCCUAUUUCUACAACUGAUUGUACUUAUGCAUUUUGUACCAGUGGAACUUUUUAUACUGGAGAUUAAAAAAAAAAAUGGAAAUUUUUGUGGCUUACUCUAGUGGGCCCCCUGACAAUGACUGAUUUCAAGUUUGAUUUCUGGUUGAUAGAAAGAAAGUUGCUUUUCUUUUGAGAAUUAAAAACUUUGGCUUGAUUUCUUUUUUCCCUUUGCUUAUAUCUAGCAUUAGAAUUUUGUCUUAAAAUACAGCGGUAAGUUUCACUUUUUAUUCUGUAUUGUGCAGUUACACAAUAAGGUAAUUAGAUUUAGAAGUACUCAGUCACUUUAAGUGGAUAAAUGUAUUAGUUAAAACUUUAGGGGUUUGCUUUUUUGCUGUUUAGAUCAAAGUUUUUUCUGAUUCUUCUGUCCUCAUUGUGAACAUAACCGUGUAGUUGAAACAGUCAAACUUAUUUUUGUAACGUAUGUUAUUGUGUGAUGCAGUUUUUUGCUUCUGUCUCCAAUAUUAAACCAUUUUCCUAAUACUUGUUUCUCUCUCUGAGUGUUGUAUUGUUGGUAGUCAUUAUAUGUUGGUGAUACAUCUACACACCUCACUGUUUCACGUAUGUUUUUUUUCUAUAUGUCGUGUAAUAAGAUACAGUCGAUUCCACCUAAGUGAAUAUCUGAUUUGGGGAAGGGGGAAACUACACACCAGCCACCUCUAAUUUAUGUACAACAGCCUAUUUUAACCACUGCUUCCAAGAUUUAUACUUAUUUAUUUCUAUGGUCCACCUACAGAGUUGGAUUUGCCAAGACCUUAUCCGGUCUUCUCACCACACUGGUAUAUUUCACUUUCUCUCUGCCCCU